AUGGGCAAUUCAAUCUCUUACACUACUUCAGACUGUCACGUCAACCUCCCAAACUCUGGAUCUCUCAAAGGUCUUCAGUUCGAUUCCAAGUCCCGUCGCUUCGCAGGUGUUCCCUACGCUCAACCUCCCGUCGGAAAUCUACGAUGGCGAAAACCUCAGCCUCUUCCUAAAACACAUCAAUACGAAUCUUUAGAUGGUUCACCAUUUGAUGCGACCCAUUUUGGACCGGUUUGUCCUCAGGCCAAUUACUCCAAGAACGUCAGCGAGCAUAUCCCCAAACAUGCAUACAGCGAGGAUUGUCUUAGACUUAAUGUCUGGACACCUGUGCCUGAUCCCAAGGAGCCGAACAAGAAAUGGCCUGUUAUGGUCUGGUUUCAUGGUGGUUGGUUCCAGGUUGGAGAUCCAAGUCAGGAAGAGAGUAUGGAUCCUACAGAACUCAUAUCCACCGGCGGAUUACAAGCUGUGUUUGUAGCCGUUGGUUACAGGCUCAAUGUCUUUGGCUUCCUCGCUGGCACGUCUUUGUUAGAAGAGUCUGGUGGUGGGGCUGUAGGGAACUACGGUCUCUGGGACCAACGUCUCGCUAUGGACUGGGUAUACGAGAACAUCGCGGCCUUUGGAGGAGAUCCUCAAAAUAUCAUUCUAGCGGGACGAAGUGCAGGAGCUUACUCCGUUCUCGCACAAGCACUCUAUGACUUCCGAGGCAAAGAAUCACAUGGUCAUUUUACAAGAAUGAUCAUGUACUCCAAUGCCAUUCCAACACAACCCAAGACUGUUCAAGAUUGCGAGGAGCAGUUUGAUGAGCUCUGCGAGUACUUCGGUGUACCUGCAGACGUCAGCGGCGCAGAGAAACUACGUAAUCUGCGAAGCAUCACCGCUGAUGAUCUAUCUUCUGCCAUUAUGGAACUGAAGAACCAUACUUUUCGUCCUGUGACAGACGAUCUGUUCAUUCACUCUGGUAUCUUUGACUACUAUCGCGACGGGUCAUUUGCGCGUGAGUUCAAGAAACGCGGAUUGAAGCUCUACAUUGGCGAAGUGCUUGAUGAAGAUACCCUCUACGCCGUUACAAACCCUCCCGAUCCCAACAUCUAUUCUCUUCAGAUGCAAAUAUCCAACUACUAUCCUCCCCACGUCACCGACCGUCUCCUCAAGCAUUAUAACCUUCCGCAAACAAAAGACAAAAAGGAUUGGCAAAAGAUCUUUGGGCGUAUCAUUGCCGAUGGUCAAGUCAGAGCUCCAUCACGAUAUCUAGUGGAUAAUCUGGUGCGCAAUGGUGUUGACAUCAAGAAUGUCUGGAGGUAUCUCAUCGCAUAUCGCCUUUCGUUCAUAACGAAUGAAGUUGCUCCAGCCUCGUUUGGUGUGAGCCAUGCUAUGGAUAGGCCUAUAUGGAACUACUCUAUUACUCAUGGACCAACGCCUGCAGAGAGAGAUCUUAUGGAUGCAUGGAUAAGAGAUCUCAGGGCUUUCGUCAACGAUGAAGAGGGGUAUGUGUUCGGCACUGAACUUACUACAGAGUACAAAGUCAUGCAACCGCAGGGAACAAUUGCGAUUGAACGAGAUAGUCGAUGGGAAGAACUUUUACAGGUUAUGGAUAUCUUUAGCGCGUAA